AUGGAUACAAAAUCAGAGACUUUGUGUAAAACAAAGAAAACUGCACUUAUCAAUGUUCGCGUAUUCGACGGACAAGUUAUUCGUGAACCUAGUACAGUAGUAAUUGAUGGUGAACUCAUUGGCACAGACUCAGAAGGAGCUCAAGUGAUUGAUGGAAAUGGAGGCAUACUCUUACCUGGCUUGAUUGACGCUCACAUCCAUCUCGAGAAUGAGGAUACUCUCCGUCAAAUGAGUAAAUUUGGCAUUACAACAGGUCUGGAUAUGGCUACAUGGCCUCCAUCCAAGCUCAACAAUUUACGGAAUCGAGUUGGAAUGACAGAUAUUCGUAGUCCUGGAGUGCCAGCUACUUCCCCUGGAAGUCUACAUAGUUGUAUAUUACCAUUUCCUGCCGACGAAUUGGUGGCCAACCCCGACGAUGCUAAAAGCUAUAUAGCAAAGCGUAUUGCCGAAGGAGUAGAUUACAUUAAGGUAGUGUGUGAUGUGCCUGGUCCUGAUCAGGCCACACUAAAUGUACUGGUUAACGAAGCUCAUAAGCACAAGAAACUUGUCAUUGCACACGCAUCCGCUUCCGUUCCAUUUGCCAUGGCUCAAGAUGCUGGAGCAGAUGUGAUAACGCAUGCACCUUGCGAUAGGGCUCUCGAUCACGAAGCUGCAUCGCGAAUGGUAGCUGAAAAACGUAUUGCUGUCCCUACAUUAGCUAUGAUGGAAGCUGUUACAAAGCCACCCAGCUGGAGUGCUGUACUAGGUCUUCUAUUCCGCCCAACUGUUCUUUUUGCUAUUAUUCGAGCUCGCCGCCAGAACCCACAAUAUCAAAACAACAAAUAUGAGAAUGCACGAGACUCAGUUACAGCCAUGUACCACGCCGGUGUACCUAUUCUGGCGGGCACAGAUGCUCAUUCGCCUGCAGACUCACCAUUUAAGGUAGGCAACUUAUGA